AUCGUCUUUAAAGUACCUCGUUGAUGGCAGUACUUGGCCGGUGGAUUUAUACAUACAUACAUUACUCCCAUCAUGUAUUGAAAAUAUAUUGAAUUAAAAACUCAACGAUAUGUCAAACGACUAAUGAAAAUUAAGCUGAAAAUGGAAGAUAUAUUAGUAACAGAAGCAACUAGUGUCACAGAGAAAUUUCUAACGACUGGUUGCCUAAACUUGGACAGGAUACUGAAAGGUGGUGUACCUUGCCGGGGUAUCACACAAGUUUACGGUGCUGCUGGCACUGGAAAAACACAGUUAGCUCUGCAGUUGUGUCUCACUGUCCAAUUGCCGAUAACCGCCGGUGGUCUCGGAGCAGGUGCAAUAUAUAUUUGCACAGAAACUGCUUUUCCUUCGAGACGGUUGCAGCAGUUGAUAGAAAACUCGGAAAUAGCCAAAACUUAUUCUACCAGCGGAGAUGUCAUAUUUGUGAAUCACAUAGCCACCAUUGAUGAGUUGGAGUCAUGUCUGCAGCAUAAAGUUCCAAUAUUGAUGAACACUCAUAAAAUAGGACUAUUAGUCAUCGAUUCAAUAGCCGCCCCUUACAGAGUGGAAGACUGGAAGGGCAGUAGGGCGAAAAAUUUGAGAAACGUUGGAAGACAGUUACACGAACUGUGUAAGAAUAAUGACUUGUGUGUGAUUUGCAUUAAUCAGGUUUCAGCAGUCAUGGAUAAUCACAGUUACACUUCCGAGGGUGUGGAUGAACAACCAGCUUUAGGAUUCACCUGGUCCAGCAUGAUCACUACUUCGCUAUACUUUUACAGAAGAGUCUCCUCGCGAUACGCUUGUGUAAUGCUGGCCUCACACUUGCCGAAAAUCACCUUUCAAUUCGAGGUCCUUGUUACAUUUGUCGUCUGGUAUUCUGCUAACAUCCUAGCGUCAAACGGGUCGGUCGUUCUUACAUCUAUAUUUGCAAUAUCACAAUUCAGUAUCAACCUUGAAGAAAGCAAUGCGACAUGAAAAA